AUGGCAGAAGCCGAACGUCCUCAGAAAAUUGAAAAGAGAGUUUGUGAAGACAGAAUCAGUUCGUUGUCUGACGAUUUGCUCAUAUAGAUAUUAUUGCGUGUUCCUACCAAAGAUGCGGUGGCGAUCACGUUUUUGUCUAGACGAUGGCAAUUUGUAUGGAGGAUGUUGCCAAGACUUGACUAUCAAGAAACCAAAAACAGUGACGCAGAAAGCAAGAGCGUUUGGUGGUUACUUGAUCAGUCCAUGCGAUUAUAGGAUGCACCAAUACUAGAACGUUUGUGUAUUAAACUCGGUCCACAAUGUCCUGUUGAUGUUGAUGUUGAUGUUGUAAACUGGGUUGCAAAAGCAGUUGAUCGUCGCAUACGUCGGCUAGUUUUUCAUCUCCUUUGGAAAAGCGAGCCAAUUAGAUUGCCUAAGAGCCUUUACACUUGCAAAACGCUUAAGAUAUUGGCUCUCUCCAAAAAAAUUACCGUGGAUGUUCCGUCUCCGAUCUCUCUCCCAUCACUCGAAGUACUUACUCUUCGCCAUGUUGUGUACAAAGACGAAGAUUCUCAUGUUAGGCUUUUGGCAGGUUGCCCCACUCUCAAGAGUCUAAUGGUGGUUGGGCUAGUUGGUGUAAAUGAUAAUGUUAUAAAUUUCAGUCUGAAAGUGCCUUCUUUACGGAGGUUAGUGUAUAUACAUACGUUUCAAGAAGAUGAAGAUGAUACUGAUAGGUCGUUGGUUAUAGACACCCCGGAAUUAGCGUCUUUAGAGAUCCAAGACUUUAUGGCGCACUCUUGCUCGAUUGAGUAUAUGCCUCGUCUUGCUAAAGCAAUUAUUAAAGUUGAUUUUGACCUCAAUGGCAACUUUCGGAGAUCUCUUUCUUCGAUCAAGCAUCUGACCUUAGUUUUCCACAGUACAAUGGUUCCCUGGUCUAACACUGUUAACUACUCUGGGCUUAUACAGUGUAGUAUAGUUCUGUGUGACACAGACUUGUGUGAAUCACUUGUGGUUUUGCUCUCUCAUUGUCCUAACCUAAAAUUUGCGGUCAACUGUGUACCAGUGGUUGACCAAGACAUUGAAUGGAACCAGCCGAGUUCUGUUCCCAAAUGCUUGUCGUCUAGUCUCGAGAUCUUUGGAUGGAAAGGAUAUGAAGGAAGAGAAAAUGAAAAACAACUCGUAAGAUACAUUUUAGAAAACUCCAAAUGUUUAAAGAAGGCCGGAAUCUCGCCGAACUCAAACUUGAGUGCUGAAGAGACACUGAAGAUGACAGAGGAGUUCAAAUCCAUGCAUAAGGUUUCUGUGUGUCAAUUCUCUAAUCGAAUCUUAUUUAGAGGUAUCUUAUUUAGAGGUUCGUAUUGUGAUUGGUGA